GCCUCCUAUUGAUCGAUCGAUCUAUGGAUCGAUAAUAGUUGAGCGUCCAUAUUUAUAUCCAAUCCAUCAGUCAGCUAUAUAGCAGCACACGUUGUGGUCGAGUUCACAAAGAAGAAACUACAGAGCGAUCUCGACAUGACGAUAAUGGCAUUGGCAUCAUCACUCUUGUCGGUGAAGCUUUGCUUCUGCAGCAGCAGCAGCAAGAAGACAACGAGCACGAUGUUGUUGCUCAAGAAGCGCUCUUCAUCCUCACGCCUCCUCGGUCGCAGCCGGACCACGGCAGCGACGGCAACCGCAACCGCAACCGCCUUUUGUGAUAAGCAGCAGAAAGUGGAGGCGAUGCGGCUCCUGGCUGAGGACGGUUGGGUGGAGGAGCACCUGCUGCCGCUUCUCACCCCCGUGGAGGACGCGUGGCAGCCCGCCGACCUGCUGCCCUCCUUCGCUGUCUCUGCCGAGGAGCAGCGUGGCCAGGUGGCCGAGCUCCAGUCCCGCGCGGCCGGCGUGCCCGACGAGCUCCUGGUCUGCCUUGUGGGCAACAUGAUCACGGAGGAGGGCCUGCCCACGUAUAUGAGCAUGGGCAACCGUGUGGAGGGUGGCCGCGACGCCACCGGCUGCAAUGACCACGACUGGGCUCGCUGGUUGCGCGGCUGGACCGCCGAGGAGAACCGCCACGGCGACCUGCUCAACCGCUACCUGUACCUGUGCGGCCGCGUGGACAUGCGGCAGGUAGAGAGGACGGUGCACCACCUCCUCCGCCGCGGCAUGCGCAUGCUGGAGCCCACCUGCCCCUACCACAGCCUCAUCUACGGCGCCUUCCAGGAGCGCGCCACCUUCGUCUCCCACGCCCGCACCGCCAAGCGGGCCGCCCUCCACGGCGACGCGUGCCUCGCCAAGAUCUGCGGCGUAAUCUCCGCCGACGAGAAGCGCCACGAGGCCGCCUACACGAGGGCCUCCGCCAGGGUCUUCGAGGCCGACCCGGACGGCAUGGUGCGGGCGCUCGCGGCCGUGAUGCACGCCAAGAUCACCAUGCCGGGCGAGCUCAUGACCGACGGCCGCGACGAGCACCUCUUCGAUCACUUUUCAGCGGUGGCGCAGCGCGCGGGGGUGUACACGGUGGCAGACUACGGCGACAUGGUGGAGCACUUCGUGCGCAGGUGGGGAGUGGCGGAGCUCGGCGGGGACCUGUCCGGCGAGGGGCGGCGCGCGCAGGACUACGUGUGCGGGCUGUCGCGCAAGAUCCGCAGGAUGGAGUCGUUGGCCCACGACCGUGCAGCCCAAAAGGAGCCCGAGUCCGUAAGCUUCAGCUGGGUGUUCGACAGGCCCGUCCGCCUUCAGUAAUUUGGGCCCUCAUUAAGCAUGGGAGUCAGGGAGUGUGUGUGUCUCUCUCCCUCCAUCUAUCAUCACCUUAUUAGUAUCUAAUUACUACUGCACUUGAUUUACCAACAUAGCAAUGUUAAAGGCAUGGAUGUCCCGGAAGCCCAAACCACCAUCUUUCUUCGAUUUCAUCAGUUUUUUCCAACUCAACCAAUGUACUUUGUUCUCCUUCUCUUGUUGACCACCCGAAUCUACAGAUCAUGCGGCUGAUUUGAUCACAUAGCUCUUUGGUAAGAUCAAAGAUCAAAACAUGCCAUAGCAUCGAUGGGUAUCGCUUGGGCGACUGCUUCGAUUAAAAUUUCUUUGCUAGCCCUCGAUAAGAGUUUCUCCUUCCAUCCUUGGAUCCUUUGCCAGAUUCUAUAUAUCCUUUAUAUAUGCAAAAGUUUUAACCUUCGAUUUAUCCACAUGUGCUGGCAGACCAAGAUAUUUUUCAUUGAGGGUAUCCUUUGCAAUCUGCGCCUAUUACA